GAUAAAGACUCUUUUCUGCCAUUGAAGUAAAGUUGCUGGUUGAAGACUUUUACUUUUUUCAUGAAGUCACUGAAUUUAUUACUCGUUCUCGGAGCACUUUUUGCUCACUCCGAGUCAGCACGGCAUCCCCACUUGCCACCGUAUCUACUGGGGCGACCUACUGAACAUGGAUUUGUUCGCCAUGGUGAUCGAUUUUUCACAAACUUCGAUACUCCAGCUCCAAACUUGAACAGAUCAACUAUUUCACAAAAAGUUGAUAACUUUGAUGCAAAUAACAAUGCUAUGUAUAACCAGAGAUACUGGUACAAUCCAACGUUCACUCAAAAUAAAAACAUUGUUUUUCUGAUGAUUCAAGGAGAGGCGCCAGCCACCGACACGUGGAUCAGUAAUCCAAACUACCAAUACUUGCAAUGGGCAAAGGAAUUUGGAGCUGAUGUUUUUCAACUGGAACACAGAUGCUUUGGUCAAAGUCGUCCAUAUCCAGACACUUCUAUGCCAGGAAUUAAAGUUUGCACUAUGACCCAAGCAUUGGCUGAUAUUCACAACUUCAUCCAGCAAAUGAAUCGUCGUUUCAAUUUCCAAAAUCCAAAGUGGAUUACUUUUGGAGGUUCUUAUCCGGGAACUUUAUCAGCGUUGUUCCGCCAGCAAUAUCCCGCGGACACUGUUGGAGCAGUUGCUAGCAGUGCUCCACUUGACUGGACACUUGACUUCUUUGAAUACGCAAUGGUCGUUGAGGAUGUGUUGAAGAAAACAAGUGUUGAUUGUUGGAGAAAUGUAAACCAAGCUUUUCUUAAUAUGCAACAAUUGAGUUUGACUAAAGCGGGUAUUCAACAGCUGAACACAUAUUUCAAUCUUGUUCCUGCAUUUGUUGAUGGGCAGUACACCCAACAUGACAUUGAUAACUUCUUCGCAAACGUCUACAGUUUCUUCCAGGGAGUUGUUCAAUAUACUUAUGACGGAAGAAACAAUGCCACUUUGAACGGAUUGAAUGCUCAACAGUUGUGCAAUAAAAUGAAUGAUGCUACUGUGCCAGAUGUUAUAACUCGUGUCAACAACACCAUCAACUGGAUCAACCAAAUGAACGGGGACCCAGUUGGACCAUUCCAAAAUUCGUACAGUGAUAUGAUGACCGUCCUAGCUAAUGCUUCCUAUGAUGAUAAUAGUGCGGUUCCAGGAGAUAUUGCUGCUAAUCGUGGCUGGAUGUGGCUGUGCUGUAACGAACUCGGAGCUCUUCAAACUACCGAUCAAGGAAGAAAUAUUUUCCAACAAACCGUACCAUUGGGAUACUUUAUCGACAUGUGCACUGACAUGUUUGGAGCCGAUAUUGGUAUCAAGUAUGUUCGCGACAAUAACAAACAGACUUUGUACAAAUACAAGGGUGCUGACAACUAUCAAGCUACCAAUGUCGUAUUACCCAAUGGAGCAUUCGACCCAUGGCAUGUUCUAGGAACAUACAACAAUGACACCGCCAAUCACAUGACCCCACUUCUUAUUCAAGGAGCUGCACACUGCUCGGAUAUGUACCCAACAUAUCCUGGAGAGCCGACUGAUUUGGCUAAAAACCGAGCAAUCAUCCACAACGAACUCAAAUAUUUCCUAGGGAUUUCUUAACUUUUCUAAACCCGUUUUGAUUAACAUUUUUCAAACCAAUAAACUGAUGUGAAUAAAGCGGAAAUUGAUU